AUGCCAUCUUUUUCACAACUCUCAGCAUUACUGCUGCUACCCGCCGCGAUAUCAGCCGUCACAUUCGACUGCAAACACAUCCGAGCCGGCGGCAAGGACUUCAACUUCGAAAAGCUCGGCGGACCUAAAGAGGUCAACUAUCAACGCCUGACCUCUCCCUCGAUUACCAACACGACUUUCACAAUCGACGUCUGCAAACCGCUGACGAAGAGCAAAGGGAAGGACAAGGCAAAGGAAGAAUGUCCGACGGGGACGCGGGUGUGUGGUGUGGAGCGCAUAUACGAGGAUGGCCAGACGCUCGUGAGGGAGGUCAUUCCUAUUGCCGGCGAAUUUGGCACGUCUGAUUCCCGUCAUCUGGACCCAAAGGUUACGAGGUUAAAGGACAGUGAAAGCAAUUCGGACUCGGAGCGCGAAGGUUUGAGGGCAGAACUGCAUGGUGGAUUGUGGGAGAAGAAGCCGCAGAAGGCUAUCAUCGAGUUUAUCUGCGAUCCUGAAAUGGAGGGCACGGAAGGGUUCGAGGAUUCGAAGGAAAUGGAUGUGUCUUCGUACGGCAGCAUGGAGAAGAGAGACGACGAAGAGGGCGAUGGAGAUGACGAGGACGACAAUCGCAAAUUGCCCGACCUUGAUGGGGACAAGGCAUUGCAGUGGAAGAGCUACAGGGAUGAAAAGGAUGACACCGGGGUGCUUCGUUUGGAAUGGAAAACAAAGUACGCCUGCGAAGAUGCGGCGGACACGAAGCCCUCGGACGGCAAGAAGGGUGGUAGCUGGGGCUUCUUCACCUGGUUCUUGAUCAUCGUCUUCUUGCUCGCGGCGUCUUACAUCAUCUUUGGAUCCUGGCUGAACUACAACCGCUACGGCGCGAGGGGCUGGGACUUGCUUCCUCACGGUGACACCAUACGGGAUUUGCCUUAUAUCGUGAAGGACAUCAUCAGCAGCAUGAUGGACAAGCUGAAAGGUGGAGGGUCAAGGGGAGGAUAUAGCGCUGUAUGA